GUCAGAGAGAAGCACAACUCCCCCAAAGCAGCAGAGUCAGCAUCCUCUCCCCAGAAAUCCUCACCAGCAGUCACAGAAGAAACGAAAGCCUCGGCCACUGCCUCCAGUAUGGCAGCCACGACCAGUGGUGACCAGUCGUCUGACACGGCCCCAGAGGUGUCGGUGGAAUCCCUGCUGGAGUCAUCCGAGGUGGAGGAGGAGUUCAUUUCCCUCAUCAACAUCCCCAGCCACUCCCUAGAGACCGUCGUCACCGAAACAUGUGUGUACAUCGUGGAUAGCGGAGGCCAGCCCGAGUUUGUGGAUGCCAUGACGGUGUUCCUAGGGCAGACAUCUGCCUGCAUUCUGGUCAUCGAUCUCUCCCAGCCACUGGAUCACCGCCCAACGAUCGGCUACUACCGAAGGGGAAGAGCCGUGUCCAAGCCCUACCGGUCCACCCGGACCAAUGAAGAAAACCUGAAGCUGAGCAUGCGGACCAUGCACACGUUUGUCUCCAAAACGAAGGGAGAUCCCCUCAAGCUGCUCUUCCUUGGCACCCAUCGAGACCAGCUGCACAAGUGUCUCUCAGAAACGGUAGGAGACAAGAACAAACGAUUGAAAAAGCUGAUUCCAAAGAAGUUUGCCAGUCAGGUGAUCUGGGCCACCACCGAGAAGUUGAUCUUUGAGAUGAACGCUCUGAAACCAGACAAGAUGGACAAAAAGACGGCAGAACAGAUCCGACGCUACGUCUUUGCGCAGUGCAAGCCCAUCAAGGUGAAGCUGCCCGUGUGAUGGCUGGCAUUUGAAGAGAAGCUGAGGAGCAUCGCGGAGAGACUGGGGAGGACGGUGAUGAGUCGGCAGGAAUGCUUGAAGGUGGCAGAGUCACUGGGGCUGGCGGAGAACUCUUUCGACCUUGCCUUGGACCACUUCCACGAAUGUUGCUGGACAAGGUCUCGGAGCUGGUGGAGUUCAUGUUUGAGCUGCGAGAGCCGGAAGGGGAAGACGAAUCCUCUGACGACGCAAAACCAGAAGAGAAACACACACCAGAUGUUGGCGAGAAGACAACCGAUGCCAGCAAUGCUUCCGAGCCAGCGUCAGAU